GCUAGAAAUUUUCCCAAAAAAAUGAGGUGAUAUCAGCUCUGCUUCAUUGGGAGCUAUGGCUGCGACAAUUCCUUUCUCACUGAUUAGGAACUCCUCGGCAUUGAUAUCACCAAGACUUUUCGUGCCUUUCGUGAAAGCGGCAAACCACAAUUUCUCCAAGUUUAUUCUUCCUAUCCAAUCUCGCAGAUUGCCUUUCAGUACUGGUGCCACAAAUAAUGAAGAGACUGCAGCGAAAGCAGCUGCUCUCGAUGCUGAUAGUGGAGCCCCAACAAUAUUUGACAAGAUCAUACAUAAGGAAAUCCCUUCAAGCAUUGUGUAUGAAGAUGAAAAGGUCCUAGCAUUUCGGGACAUUAAUCCCCAGGCACCAGUUCAUGUUUUGGUCAUUCCAAAAUUUAGAGAUGGACUGACGCAGCUUGGGAAGGCUGAUCCUAGACAUGAGGAGAUACUAGGUCAGCUUCUGUAUGCUGCAAAAAUAGUGGCUGAGAAGGAAGGUAUUGUUGAUGGAUUUCGUGUGGUCAUCAACAACGGUCCCAGUGCCUGUCAAUCUGUGUAUCAUCUGCACUUGCAUGUAUUAGGUGGGAGACAGAUGAAAUGGCCACCAGGUUGAAGAUUGAAAAGCAAUGGCUGUUAGAAUUUGAAACUUAAAUCUCCUUUUCUAUUAUUGUUAUCAUCGUCCCAUGUCACAAUAACAGCCCGGCCUAACAGCUCCUCCUCUGAUAACCUCACAUGGAUAAUGAUUGCUUCUGCAUGAGAGCUGUCUUUAUUACAGACAUAAUGUAAACCAUCUAGCUACAUGGGGCCAUUGAUCUUAGUUCUGUGGUUAAUUCGACAAGGGCUUAUUUAAGCAGGAUGAUGAAUUUCUUUUGCUA